UUCCAUCGAAAUGACGGGCACGUUCUCUGAUCUCACAAAGAAGGAAGAUCUGCGUGUCUCUGCUUGGUGCAAACAAUGCUGGCGCGUUGCCCGGAUAGUAUUAAACAUGUGGACACGGGAGAGCUGGCUAUCACGAUUCUGUUGAUAAAUCUAUCCCCAUUUGAUAUCCUGCGCUGCCGGUAUAUCUUUCGUCAUGACGGAAUCUCGCAGCUUUGCUUGCCUGCUUUCCUUCGACAGAAGAUACCGCGGACAUUUCAUGGUGGUCAUCGUGUUCCUGCAGUUGUUCACUGCGACUGGGCCUGCCUACACUUACAGCAUUCUCUUCGUUAGUGUUCAAGAGGAAUUUGCUGCAGGGGCGGCAUUAACGGGGUGGUUAGGAUCACUUGCGGCCGCUUUGAUUUUUUGUAGCCCGAUAUCUCCCGUGCUCAUCAAGCGAUUGGGUCCCAGGGUGGUGGCCAUGCUAGGAGCCGCACUGCUGUCCUGCGGACUAGUUGCAACAUCAUUCGUGCCUGCUCUGGCCUACGCCUUCCUGACGUUCGGAGUCCUCGUCGGCGUCGGCGGGAAUUUUAUAUUUCAGUCGGGAGUCAAGGUUAUAUUUGACUGGUAUCCAAGAGAGAACUGCUCCAGGGCUACUGCUGGGGCACUGUUGGGCCCAUCUGUGGGUAUUUUGGCGUUUGCUCCGCUCCUAAAUGCACUGAUUACGGCAUACGGAUGGCGCAACGCUCUGCGGAUAAUUGGUGGCGGAUGUUUUGUCAUAAGUGCAGCCUGCGGUGCGUUCAUCGCUAGCCCGACCGAAGAGAAAACGCGAGAGAACGGAGUCGAAGAAGGGAAGGAUGCUUCUACUGACCCAGCUAGCGAGGUCGCUGCCGAUGACAGUACCGAGGGAGCGACAUUCCGACGUACCCUCGCCAGGGUCCUGCUUCGAGCAGACACGUGGCUUUGGCUCAUUGGAUUUAUGUUGAGCAGUCUUGGUUGGGCAUUCUUCAUCAUUAAUUAUGCAAGCUUCAUGGAGUACGAUCGAGGAUUCACCCCUAACCAGGUUACCGUGUCCUUGGUCUUGGGAGCAGUCGGGGAAAUCCUUGGCAAGUUGUUGUUCUCGAUCUUCGGCGAUCGUCUGCCGUGUCUCAAGAUCUACGCCGUGGCCGUAACGGGCAUACUGGGAGCUGUCGCAUCUGGCCUGGUGACUGUGUUGUACAGCGUGACGGCUAUGUACAUAUUUUCAUUCGUCGUGGGAUUUGUUCGCGGUGUGUCGUAUGUUUGUCCCUACCCCGCAGCGAUGGAGAUAUUCGGAGACUUCGGAUCUGAUAUAGUCACUAUGUUACUGCUUGUGCCGAUCGGCAUCGGGCUAUUUAUUGGUGGUCCUUUGACAGGUGGUCUUUACGACUUGACGGGAGACUACACACUUAGCCUGCUCAUCGUUGCAGCCAUAUUUGUAUGCUCAACAGUCAGCUUGAUGAUCAUUCCUUUAAAGAGGCGGCUUGAAACCAGACGAGUUGCGCGAAAUUCGCAUGGCGCAUCGGUAGACGCCUCCAAGGUGCCCGCUGAAACUCCGGUCGCUGGCGACUCACUAGAUCUUCGGGGCACCAAUUCCCACAAUCCCCACAGAGGACAGAAUAAAUCUAGGCAACUUUUUGUGGGCUAAGCCUUGGUAAAACUCACAACAUAAUGUAUAUAAUAGUAUUUUAUGAAAGAAUGUGUUUGAAUGAACCCAAUACAGGGUGGCCCAAAAAACCCGGAACGGCACUUCUCUGAGACGCAAACAACCUAUACCAAUGCACGGAGAAUUCUGUUAAAAGAAAAAUGAAACCAAGAUCGCCCGAUUCGUUCCAGUAGUUUUUGUUCUACAGCCUUAAACAAGGUUGGCAGUCAUUUUGUCCCGAUGAAUUACUAACCGCGUAACUUAAUUAGAUGGAGGCAUUAAUUGUCAUGUAAUUAUACCCACAUAAUGAAAGACGUGUGCUUCACACACACAAAAAUGCUCAGCAGCAAAAACUAUUGGACCGAAUCGGGAGAUCUUGGUUUCAUAUUUCUUCUAAAAAGAAAUCUAUUGGUACAGGUGGUUUGAGUCUCAAGGUUGUGGAAGUGUACAUGCCGUUCCGUUUUUGUAGGCCACCCUGUAUAGGCUAGUCAUGGGCGUCGCCAGGAUUUUUUUCUAGAGGGGGGCAAAACAUAUUUUUCCCAAAAAUAUCCUGUAUUUCUCAACAUAUUCUCGAUUUCUCAGUUUUAGAGGGGGGCAGGGACAUCCCCCCC